GAGAAUGUAAAAGUACAUAUGUGAACACUUUACGGUUGCCAUCUUCCAAAGCAGCGGUGCAGCUUCCUUAUCCACGACUCCAAUCCGACAGAAACAAUAAUAGGAGAUAAAAUGGAAACUGGUGACAGUGGCUACUGCUGUGAUAUGGCAAUGGAACUGUUGAUUGAGAUCCUCAUCCGUCUCCCUUUGAAAUCAUUGAUACGCUUCACCAUUGUGUGUAAAUCCUGGCUUCACCUUAUAAGAAACGACCAACAAUUUGCCAUGAGACAUUAUCUCACAAAAACAAGACCAUCACCAACCACAUUGAUGGACAAUGUUGAUUGUAUAGUUGAGUACUUUGGUAAGUAUGGCAGGAGGUGCAAGAGCACUGUUGAAGAAGAAGUUUUGAGGCUGUGUAUACACUCUUUGACUGAAAAGAAAACUUUUCGUCUCUUGAAGAAGCUUGAGUUCGGACCUCGAUUGAAUGUCUCUGUAUCCAAUACAUAUCAUGGUCUACUGUGUGUGUAUGCGUCUUCUUCUUCACUUCGUGGGGCUAGAAUACUACUUUGUAACCCAGCGAUCCGGGAGGUGGUCCUGCUGCCACUUCCCCACAACCUAGCAACAAGCAGUCUUCCUAUCAUUGCAAUCGGGUUUGACCCGAUAAAUACCAACUACAAGGUAGUGGCAGCUCAACCUCCAUCUGUUUUUGGGGGGCGCAGUUCUUGGGAGGUAAAUUUGUACUCUGUUAGAGACGGUUGUUGGCGUAGUCUGCCGAGCAUAGGCUCCCUUGACAGAUUUUCGAGCUUAAUAUGCGAACCUGUAGUGAAUGCCAAUGGAAGAGUUAUCAACUGGUUCGGUUAUCUCAAGUCAACAGAAUCAGAAAAAGGUUUGUUGUCAUUCGAUGUGGUUGAUGAGGUUUUUGUUGAUUUAUCCAUGCCAGCAUGUUUAUGCCCCAAGAGUUGGCGUGUACAUCAUAUCUUGACCUCAAGAGGAUGUGAGGCCUGUCUUUGUUGCUCUCCUUUUCCUAGUUUUGUUCAGAAAAAAGAUGAGCACUUUAAUGGCAUUGAUGUUUGGAUGCUAAGUAGAGAUGAAGACCAGCAAAUGUUGUGGAACAAACAAUUUUCUUUCAACUUGCAAGACAAUGUGGUUGUGUGGCCUACAAAUCUUUGGAUGAAUGACAAUGAAGUCCUCCUCCACGUGCGUAAAGGGGGAGCAAACAAGGAAGAGGUGUGCCAUUAUAACCUUUUCGCCAAUGAGCUCAAGCGAACGGGUCGCUUUGGGUUGCUCACGAAUCCAGACGGUUAUGCUGAGAGCUUAAUAUCAAUCAAGGAGUUGAUGUCGCCACCGUCUUCAUCAUAUCUUCAAGCUAUGAGAGACGAACAACAAAAAGAGAAAGAUGAGGUUUGUUUCAUACGAGAGGUUGGUAGAAAAAACACUGAUGUCCGAUGGUCCUAUACCUUCAAGUUGGUCUAGUAUUUGACCUGGUUGAAGAUGUACGAACAUUGUUCAACUUUCUAGCUAAGAGUGCAAUACUCUAUGAAUUCAAGAUGUGUGAGAAGUUGGGCAAAUACUGCAUGUGUGUUUGGGAACAAAUAAAGCAUAUGGGGAUGGCUAUUUUGAAAAUGAAUAAACCUAGGGUACACCAAAAUGGGGUAUCCCAUUUGUACAUCAGGCAAACAGACACUUAGUGAUUGUGAAUCACAGACACUACUAGAUCAGAGACACUUAGUGUGAUGUACAAAUAAGGUAUCUCAUUUUGGUGUACCUCUAGUAUGUCAAAGAUUAUGUAACAAUGACGUUUCGCUUGCAAUUGAUAUACUAAUUUGUAUCUAUUUAUAAUAGGAGUAAUUGACAAUAUUGCCCUUUUAGUUAACACCUUUAUCAUCCAAGUGAUCCAAUUUCUCCUGCUAUCAGCCAUUAUCUCCCACUCUAGCAAUAAAUUUCUUCAUAAUUU